CAUCAACUAUAAAUAAGAUGCUUAUCGGUAUAUCAGGUACAUUAAGUUCAGGUAAGACAGAAGUAGCACGUUAUUUGACCUUUCAAGGAUUCAAACUAAUAAGUUUUAAAAGUAAAAUAGUUGAAGAGAAUACUGGGAAUGAUUCUAUAGAAGAUAUAAGUACUCCUAGUAACUCUGGAGAUAGUGCUGAAGAUUUAGUUGAAGGUAAAAUUGUUAAUAGUAUAGACAAAUAUCAACCAUUUGAUUCAGAUGGUAAUUAUGAUUAUUAUUCUUCACUCGAAGUCUUUCUAACUUUUGAUGAUUUAGAUAAAUUGAUAGACUAUGUAACAAUUAAUUGGAGAAAUAACUUUGUUAUUUCCCAUAUUGAUAAUAUUGAUACAUUACUUGCAUUAAAGAAAAGACCAUUCUUUUUACAUAUAUCAAUCGAUGCACCAAUACUUCUUCGAUAUAACAGAUACGUUUUACGAAAUUCUUUCAAACACUCAAAUUAUUUAUCACUUGAACAAUUUAUAUUAAAGAACGACCAACUCAUAUUUAAAGUAGAAAAUCCAUUGAUAGAAAUUAAUAAUCAAGCUCAAGUGAAAAUUAUUAAUACAUCAUCAUCAAUUAAGAAUCUAUAUAUAAAAUUAAGUGAAUUAAAUUUACUUGAUUUUUCAAGAUUAAGACCAACUUGGGAUUCAUAUUUCAUGAGGUUAGCUGAUUUGGCAGCUUUAAGAUCAAAUUGUAUGAAGAGAAGAGUAGGAUGUGUUAUUGUCCGUUCAAAUACUGUUAUUGCCACAGGAUAUAAUGGUACCCCAAGACAUUUAACUAACUGUAAUGAAGGUGGUUGUGAAAGAUGUAAUCAGGGUCAAGGUAGUGGAUCAAGUUUAUCGACUUGUCUUUGUUUACAUGCUGAAGAAAAUGCAUUAUUGGAAGCUGGAAGAGAUAGAAUCAGAGAUAAUAGUGUAUUAUAUUGUAAUACAUGUCCAUGUUUAACAUGUUCAAUAAAAAUUGUUCAGAGUGGUAUUAGAGAAGUUGUUUAUGCACAAAGCUAUUCAAUGGAUUCUGCAAGUCACAAAGUUAUGAGUGAAGCAAAUAUUAUAUUAAGACAAUUCCAACCACCUACUGAUGGAAUAUUCAUAUAGAAUGUUUAU